ACAGCUUGAACUAAAAGGCGUAGUGGCCAAGAUGUGCUCGAUCUCUCAAUGCGGCAACUGGGCAUUCGUAGGCCUUAGCAAUGGGCAAGUGCACCAGUACUCUCUGCAGUCAGGAAAGGUCAAAGCCACUGUAGGGGGAGCUAGGAACACACCCUGUCACAGUGGGGAAGUAUGGGGCUUGUGUACGAACGCGGUGAAUACAUGGGUGGUGACGGGAGGGGCAGACCAGACCGUAAAGUUCUUCAGUUUCCGAACGUUAAGACACGCACAUACGUUGAAGUUUGAUGCGCCUGUGAGUAAGCUGGUGCCGCAUAUGGAGAACGAUAUGGUCGCGGUUAUUCUGGAUGACUUCAGCGUGCAUCUGGUGGAUAUCGAGAUGAAGCGCGUCGUGCGUGUAUUCGAAGGACACCACAACAGGGUCACGGAUGCGACCUUCAGCCCUGACGGACGAUGGCUCGUGACAGCGAGUAUGGAUGCCACAGUCAGAGUGUGGGACGUGGUUGCAGGCCGUUUGCUGGAUUGGAUGCGGGUGCCUUUGGCUGUAACUGGUCUCACUUUCUCACCAACAGGUGACUUCCUUGCCACCACACAUGUAGAUUCGCUUGGUAUCUACAUGUGGGCCAAUAUGACGGUGUUCUCCAGCGUCUCAUUGAAGACCACCACAGAGCCCGAGGAAGUGUCUAUGGACUACGACAGCGAUAGUGAUAAUGAGGAUGUGGAUGAGCCCUACAGUGUCAAGAUGCCUACUAUGGCCGGAUUAGAUUACGAUGACGACGAGGAAGAAGCCAAUGCAACCAUAGAGAUUGAAAUGGGCGAUGAUUCGACCAAUCAAAACGCUCCAAACGAGUCCAUGGCCAAUGACAGUCUUGCAUCGCUCAGUGGCAAGCCAGCGUCCUUCUGGCACUCACUCGCCCACCUUGAAGUGAUUAAGGAACGCAACAAGCCUAUACAGCCUGUGGAGAAGCCCAAGGCGGCGCCUUUCUUCCUGCCAACGCUACCAGGUGUGAAUCCACAAUUUAUCGCGGCUGAGGACGACACCGAGGACUCCAAACCAAAGUCACGCAUACUCAACACGGAUCGUAUGGACAAUCGCACACACUUCUGCCAAGUACUGGCCCAGUGUGCCUCAGCAGACAACUACGACCCAUUGGUUGAGCUGUUAAUGGACAUGAGUGUGUCAGCCAUUGACUUGGAGAUCAGGGGGAUGGAUGUGUCCAAUUCCGUGGAUUGCGCUCAGUACCAUUUCGUGCGGUUCUUUGAACACGAGCUACAGAGCAAGCGGAACUUCGAGAUGAUCGAGUCAUUGAUGGCAUCAUACCUACAGAUCCAUGCUGAAUUCCUUCCCCAAUUCCCUGAGCUCAUGGCGGCGGUGGCCGAGGUGCAAGAGGUGCACGCAGAGUCAUGGGAUCGAAUUUCAAAUCUGCUCAACCACACUCUCUGUCUGGUCACAUACAUGCGCGGUGCUACCAUUUAGUCCAGUUGUGCCUUUCAGUAUCUCGUUUAUACUGGGCGUCAAUAAAAUCGAAAAUAUUUAGUAACGCUCCCUCGCUAUUUGUUAUCUCGUGAUGGUUCUUGCUAGCGAGGUCGGUUGGUUCUCGGAGAGCUUUGACAAUUGAGCCACAAAGAGUCACUCAUCCAGGGUUUUAGGGUAUAUGUAAUUUGCUGAACAAGUACCAUCAUAAUUUUGUUC